CAUCACUAUGAGACAGUGUGAUACCAUCACGGUGCGGUGCUGCUGUACUGAGUUCGGUGGAGCGGUGUCGUCCCCAUUCUCAACGGAUAUUUUUGAGUCCAACAGUCUAUACACGCUUGUUACUACGCAAGGAGCUCAUGGCAGACCUGGGGCUGCAAGCUGGGGACCGGGUGCUGCUGCUAUGGAGUCACCCUUCCCCCCCAGCUGCUCUGAAGGAGCUGGCGGAGGUUGUGGGGGCUGCAGUGGGCAGCCAAGUCCUGGUGUCAAUGGAAAAUGUGGAGAGACUACUGCUGUCGUCCCAUGCAGAAUCCACCUAUGACUGGGUGCUGUCUGGCCUGGCGCCAGACAGCGCCCUGGUACACAGCCCUGAGAUGCUGGCAGAGGUGGCACGGGUGAUGAAGCCUGGCGGGAAGAUGGUACUGGAGGAGCCAAUCACAGAAGCAGAGGGCAGAGCCCUGAGAACCCUGUCGAAGCUGCAGUCAGCUCUGAAGCUGUCAGGCAUGGUGUCAGUCACGCAGGUAAGCUCAGGCUUGCUGAGUGCUGCCGCAGCCACUGCCCUGGGGAAGGCCGCCGUCUUGGAGGGCGUCACGGUGAUGAGUGUGCGCUUGUCCGCCUGCAAGCCGGACUUCGAGGUUGGCUCCUCCAGCCAGCUCAAGCUUUCCUUUGCCAAGAAGACGUCCAUACCAGAGAAACCAGAGCUUGACCCCACUGCUGCUAAGAGGUGGACUCUGUCUGCUAACGACAUGGACGACGAGGAUGUGGACCUCUUGGAUUCGGAUACAUUCCUUGAUGCCGAUGACCUGAAGAAGCCUGAUCCUGCUUCCCUGAAGGCCCCAACUUGUGGGGAUGGAGCCACCAAGAAGAAGGCCUGCAAGAACUGCACAUGUGGCCUGGCAGAGGAGCUGGAGCAGGAGAGCGUGAAGGCAAAGAAAAACAACCAGCCCAAGUCAGCCUGCGGAAGCUGUUACCUAGGCGAUGCCUUCCGCUGUGCCAGCUGCCCUUACAUGGGGAUGCCCGCUUUCAAACCCGGGGAGAAGAUCCUCCUGGACAACACUCGCCUCAGUGAUGCUUAGCCGUACACACUGUGUUCACCUCCCCCCCUCCCCCCAAAAAAUGAAUGAAAUCACUAGAAAUAAAGAAACAAUGAGUCCUCCAGAGUUGUUGUUUUUAAUUGAAACACAAGUACAGAAUUAGGUGACAGUAUGUGAGCUGUUUAUGAUGUUGAAAUGGAGUCAUGGGUCGCUAGUUACUGAAUACUGCAUUCUGAUAUCCCCGAUGCUGGGCUCAAAGGUCAGAUUGUAGCUGACUGCAGCCUGUCCAUCCCCAACAGUGUCUCUGGGCGAGCUGAAGAAAUAUACCCCCUGUUUUUGGUGGGGGCUCCACUGGCAGACACCCUGUGGAGGAGGAGGGGGCAGAGUCAGACUUACUCCGAACGUGUUUAUAAACAUUCUGAACAAGGUGGUGGCUCACGGCAUGGUGAUGUCACAUGUACCUGCUCACUGACCGGCCUAAUCAGGCCCAUGCUUGCCGUGAUGUCAUCGGUCAGCUGGUAUUCGAUCCACAGAACCACACCAUGGCAACGGCCACUCCUGCAAAGCAACAUCAGGGCGGGAAUGACCUUUCUUCUGUCCCAGUUCUGGUGUGUGCAUGGAAUAUUAUUUAGCACUAUAUAACGUAGAAUAUAAGUAUUAUGAUAUUAAGUAUGCCAAAUAUCCAUAAUGUAAUCAAUUGAGUAUGUAUUUGCACCUUGUAUUGGCCUAAGAGUUUUGUUAGCUACUGUGUUAGUCCUCAAUCUAUGAAUAUCCACUUUUAUUAGUGUAUAUUUUAUCACUAUGUCAAAGGGCAAAUAUAUUAUCAACCCUCUAGUUAGUCGAUGUGCAAAAGCCUGAAGCUGCCAAGGUUUACUACUAAAGGAAGGGAUUCGCCUGAGUUCACCAGAAGUUCACAACUGAGCAUUUUUUAAAAAUCAAGUGGAGAUGGUUGCGUCACCAUUAUGUUCCGCCGAGGGACCAAAUAGUAAAAGAAAUGGACAAACAUCACCUAGGGGUGUGGAUUAAGGGAAAAAACAAUGAUUGUGAAUGAUGAUGCUCAAGUGACGAGAUAUAAUUGAAUAAGGACUUGUAUAAAAAUUGGUGUAAAACAGUAUUGGACACACUCCUGCAGAUUGUCCAGCCUUGGUUGUAACCUCGCUGUUGCAAUAAAGACUGAAUCUGAAGAUCUA